AUGACGGCGACGGCGACGAUGAAUGACAGGGAAUUAAAACCGAACCGCAAACGGAGGAAAACAGUGACGGGUGAUGAUGGUCUGGCCAGUAUGAACAGCACCAAGAACUUCAAGUGCUCCUACUGCAAGAAGGUGCUGAGUUCCAAACGUAACCUUCAGCAACAUGAGCGUAUGCAUACAGAUAGAGUUUUGAAGCAUCAUGAAGCCAUGCAUGCAGCUACAAAGAAUUUCCAGUGUUCACAGUGUGAAAGAAAAUUUGUUACCAAAAAUCCAAACUGUAAACAGCAUGAGAAACUUCACACCAGGGAGAAACCCUAUGGAUGUUCAAUGUGCAGCAUGAACUUUGCCUUGAAAAAUGAAUUAUACAAACAUAAAGAAUCUCAUAUAGGAAAAGGAAAGUCAGACCUGGGAGAGGACUUUACCAGUCUAUCAACAUCAAAAAAACAUGAGAUGUCAAAUGAGAGGGAAAAGAGUGAUAAAAAUCUUACUGUAACAGAUGAUGAUCUUGGUGCACAAAAUGAAUAUGGUUCACAGGACAGUAAUCAUGGUGUAGAAGAUAGCAAUCUUGGUGUUCAAGUACGGUUUGGAUGUUCACAGUGUGAGAAAAACUUUAAGUCCAAAGCAAGUUUAAGGAGACAUGAAAAAGGAAAACAUAUGAGCAAGAAGCCUUUGCACUGUACACAAUGUGAGAUGAAAUUUAUGACUGUGCUGGAUUUACAGCAGCAUGAGAAGAAGCACAACAGCAAGCAGGAUUUUGUAUGUCAGUAUUGUGCUGCAUGCAUCCUCAGAAAUCAUGUAAAAAUUGACCAGGGUGGUAAUCCAUUGAAGGUCCCCUCUGUGAAAAGGGAGUUUCGUAGGGAAUCUCAGCUGAAUAAUCAUGUUGAAGAAGGCCAGAAGGAUGCCAGGAGUGAAUAUGUAGCUGAGAAAUCAUCAUCAAAAGCAUUACUAAAGGAGGAGAGGCCUUCCCAACAGAUACAAAAUGGAUCUCCCACAAAGGAUGCUUGUUCUUCUACUCUCAGUGCAAAGAUACACCCAGAUAAUAAACAAUUUGGAUGUUCAUAUUGUGAUAGAAGAUUUACACUUGAAAGAAGUUUAAAAGCUCAUGAGGAAAGAAUGCAUUCUAGCAUUGAGACAUAUCAUUGUUCUCAAUGUGAUAAGAAAUUCAAUAGGUUCAAGCUUUUGUCACAUCUUAAUGCCCAUUUAGGAACUAGUGCUUGGGGAAAGAACAUUUCUGGUGUUACUCUUGUGAUAAGAAAUUUGAAAGUAAGUGUCUUUUAA